GGACCUACAAAACGAUCAAUUCUCGAGGGCAACGGAUACAUUAGGCAUUCAAUUGACAUUUCCAAGGGCAUCAGGCCAAUCCUGAAAGUGAGUCAACAAUCAAGUUUGGAAUUUUAAUUUCUUUUUCCUAUCUCAACAGUUUCCACAAAGAGGAGGCAUUUAGUCAUCAUUCAAGAAUUUUUCUUAACUUUCUAAAUAUCGCGAUUCAAUACGUUUUGAUUGGACCCUGCUUUCAAUUUUCAAGUGAGUUAAAUAUCAUCGUGAAGGAUUGCAAAUUGCAUAACACGUGUGCCGAUUACGUUCUUGAUGGCUGACCGGUGAAUAGCGCAAGAUUCAGACGUUUAGCUCGAGCAUGGAAAAUACCCAAACAGUGAACCCUAAUUGCUUGUUUCUAAUAAUCGACUUAAGAACAAAGCUUAACGUUUAAGGGUGUUGACUUACUCUUAAAAGUCAUUGCUUGCUGCCGCUAACUAGUGAGUGAUCUGGUUGUGAAAGGACUGAUGUGAAAAGCGAUUUGUUUAGGUCAGAACUUUCGAAAUGAUCGAAGGAAAACUGAAUAUGUGUGUUAAACGACAUUCGUGAGCAUUUCUUUGGUGGUAGCCAUUGUUUUCGGUUUGACUUUCGUUUUCAGUUUUCCAUUCUACUUCGAACGACCACGUCUCUCGCAAUUUUUGUGUGUGCAUAGGUUUUAAAAUGUCGGUCAUUAACAGCCCAUCCUUUCACCCCAUUCAGCAAAAGACUACGAUUGACCAGCGUCAAUUUGCAGGCAAAGAGAUAAAACCGCAGGAUUCCAACAGCAACUAUAGCCAUUUCUUCGUUGAUGAGACACCUGAAAUAAUAAAAAACAAAAUUUCCAUCCAGCAGCUACGGAAUGCUGUUAGCGAUUGCAAGCUGCAUGAUUCUCGGGAUGAAUACAUUCUUAAAUGGCUGUCAGUUUUCGGAUUUGAUGUGGCUCGUGCCGAGAAGAUGUUGAGGCAGACUUUGGAAUGGCGGCGAGUUAAUGAUGUCGAUGAUAUCUUUGAAACAUACAUUCCUAGAGAAGUUUUAAAAAAGUACUACCCUUUCGGACAAAUCGGAGUGGACAAAUUCGGAUGUCCCAUUUUUAUGCACACGUUCGGUAGAACUGAUCUUCCAGGGAUAUUGUUGAGCAGCACGAAAAAAGAAUUUUCAAAUUUUGUUCUUUUUAUGUUGGAAAGCUACGUUCGCGCAACUAAAGUGGAAACUGAACGAACAGGUAGACAAAUCACAAGGUCGACGUAUAUUUUCGACUACGAAUGCGUGACUUUCAAGGAUUUGUCCAGAAAAUGCGUGCUAGAGAACCUAAUCGAAACAUGCAAGCUCAUAUUUACCCACUAUCCGGACAGUUCUCGCCGACUGUUUAUCAUUAAUGCACCGUCAUAUUUCCCAAUGGUCCUCACCUUGAUAAAGCCCUUUUUACACGAAAGCGACGUCCCCAAAAUUAAAAUAAUCGGCAAUAACAAAAAUGAAUGGUUGGCCGCUCUGCUAGAAGAAAUUGAAGCUGAUCAACUUCCUGUCCAUUACGGUGGCACCAUGACCGAUCCUGAUGGCGAUCCAACAUGCCCCAGCAAGUUUAAUAUGGGAGGCAAAGUCCCCGAGUCCUAUUAUUUGAGCAACAACGCACCUGUUGCCAAGGAUUACAUGGAAACGAUGAACGUCAUGGCUGGUGGCAAAAAGAAACUCAAAUUCAAAAUUGACGCUGCAGACUCCACAAUGAGUUGGGAGUUUAUGACUGAGGGAGGUGACGUAGGAUUCCGGAUCUACAAAAAAGAUUCCAAAGAUCAUGACAAUUUGAUUCCAUCCUCUCGAGUUGAUAGCCAUCUCAUCAUGGAGGAAGGUCACAUAAAAUGCCAUCAGCCUGGAAACUAUGUUUUCGAAUUCGACAAUUCUUUCAGCUACCUACGGGCAAAGAAAAUUCGCUACCACGUAGUUGUCGAUCCACCCUCAUUUUAAAUGUUUUGCGAAAAACAAAAUCCACAGAGAAAUCUAUAAUAUACAUUGAUUUUAUCAUUAAAUAUAAAGAUAUAAUAAAGUAAACUUGCAGUAGAAGUAAAGAUGAUCGAGUUUAACAAAACGGUUCGUGCGUUUGCUUCUAUUAUAUAUUUGCAUAAAAACUGAGUACACUAUUAGUUGACCAAUCAAA